AUGUGCAUACUAUAUGGUUUGAUACUUGAUUUAUAUAUAAAGUAACUAUCAUACCCCGGAUUAGUGAACGCCUGAUGAGAGUUAACGGUCAAAACCACACCUAAAUUAUCGCUUCCGCUUCUCAAUUUGGACCUUCACCGUCUACGUGUUAAAACAACAUCUCUAUCCCACCAAAGACCUCGUUCAAAUUUUGGGCAUGCAGUCGCCUACCCCAGGUUAUUGAACACCUAACACCUGAUGAGAGUUAACGAUCAUAAACAAACCUAAAUUAUCGCUUCCACUUCUCAAUUUGAACCAUCAACAUCUACAUAUUAAAACCACAUCUCUUCCUUCUCCUAUCUAAACCAUCACCUUUUCCAUUUUUCUAUGUGAAACCUAAAUUAUCGCUUCCACUUCUCAAUUUGAACCAUCAACGUCUACAUAUUAAAACCACAUCUCUUCCUUCUCCUAUCUAAACCAUCACCUUUUCCAUUUUUCUAUGUGAACUAUCGUCACAAUUCAGAUGUAUUUUUAACCAUUAUCUCCAAAAAGAACACGAACUAUAUAUAGGUAAUAGGUUGAUCCUUUAUUAGCAACUAACAUUGAAGUUUGAACCUAACACAAUGCUAAAUUCACUUUCCUUAGCAUCUCCACUUCACCAUUUGCCCUCCAAAAAACUCAAACCCUCCAUUGAUACCAACAACAAAGUACAAACAACACCCUCCAUUGUCCACCAUUUCACUUCUCCAUUCGAACUCAAACAAGCCAUUGCCUUCCUCAUCAAAACCAACAUACCUCUCUCCCUCCUCCCACUUCCUCGUAUCGCUUCUGUUUGUGCACUCACUCCAUACUUUCCUUUCGCACAGCAGAUCUUCGACUCGGUUAACGAACAAGAACUUUCUGUAUGGAAUAGUUGUUUGAGAAAAUUUGCUGAAACCCCAUGUUCUGCAGCUGAUGUUAUGUUCCUGUUUCAGCAAAUGCGGAGUUAUAACGUGGGUGUUGAUUGUUUCACUUGUUCGUUUGUUCUUAAAGCUUGUGUGGAGUUACGGGAUGUUUCGUGUGCAAGAAUUGUUCACGCAUUGAUAGAGAAACUUGGGUAUCAAUCGAAUUUAGUUUUGGUGAAUGCGCUGAUCCAUUUGUAUGCGAUUUGUGGAGUAAUGGGUGAUGCCGUCCUUCUGUUUGAUAAAAUGCCUCAACGAGACGUUGUGUCGUGGAAUGUCAUGAUUACGCAGUUAGCGAAAGAGGGUGAUGUUGAUGAGGCGUUUGAACUGUUUGGGAGGAUGAAGGAGAGGAAUUUGAGGUCUUGGACUGCGAUGAUUACGGGUUUGGUUCAUUGUGGGAAGGCUAAGGAGGCGGUUAGGCUUUUCGUAGAAAUGGAAGAGACGGGGUUGAAGGCGAAUGAGGUGACCGUAGUCGCUGUUCUUGCAGCUUGUGCUGAUUUAGGUGCACUUGAAUUGGGUAGAAGGAUUCAUGAGUAUUCGGAUGAGAGCGGGUUCAAGAGAAACGUUCACGUUUGCAACACUUUGAUUGACAUGUACAUUAAGAGUGGUUGCUUAGAGGCUGCAAAAGUCCUUUUUGAAGAGCUGAAAGAUCGAACAAUUGUAUCGUGGUCGGCUAUGAUACAGGGUUUAGCUAUCCAUGGACAGGCGGAUGAAGCGUUAGAACUCUUCAACGAGAUGAUCAGAAUGGGAGUGAAGCCUAAUGAGGUAACGUUUCUUGGAAUCUUGCACGCGUGUAGCCAUAUGGGGAUGAUCAAAGAAGGGCGAGAAUUUUUCGCUAGCAUGAGUAGGGACUAUAACAUUUCGCCCCAGAUUGAGCAUUAUGGUUGUAUGGUUGAUCUCUUGAGUCGAGCAGGACUUCUUCAAGACGCAUAUGAACUCAUCACAAGGAUGCCUAUAAAACCGAAUGCUGUUAUAUGGGGUUCUUUUCUUGGUGGAUGUAGAAUUCGAAAGGAUGUGGAAAUGGCUGAGGAAGCGAUGAGGCACCUAGGCGUACUAGACCCUCUUAACGACGGAUACUACAUUAUUAUGUCGAAUAUUUAUGCAGAAGCUAAGCGUUGGGAAGAUGCAGCAAGGGUGAGGAAGUUGAUGAAAGAUCGCGGAGUAAAGAAAACUCCAGGUUUGAGUACAAUAACUAUAGCACAAGCAACACACGAAUUUGUGGCCGGAGAUGAUAACCAUCCUCAGGCUGACAAGAUCUUCAAGAGAUGGGACAAACUGCUCGAACAAAUGAGGUCCAAAGGAUAUGUACCAAAUACUUCGCUGGUUGUACUAGACAUUGAAGAAAACGAGAAAGAAAGAUACUUAUACCGCCAUAGUGAGAAAUUGGCCCUUGUUUUCGGUUUGAUGAACACAAAAGCAGGAGAGACGAUCAGAAUAAUGAAGAAUCUUCGCGUUUGUGAAGACUGUCAUGCUGCUUUCAAAGUAAUAUCAGAAAUUGUCAAGCGAGAGAUAGUUGUGCGCGAUAGGAAUAGGUUUCAUUGUUUUAAAGAUGGCUUUUGUUCUUGUAAAGAUUAUUGGUAGCAAAUCUUGUACUUGGAGACCUUUUGUUUACUGCAAUAUAUGUUUCUUGAUUCAAA